GUUUUGUCAGCUUUAUCAUCCAAGAAUAUUAACGAAUAUGAAAUAUGUGAACAAAAUUAAAUUUUUCCUACAAUGUGUUAUUUUAUUAAUUUUGCUUAGUUCAACCCAAGGAUAUCCACAAAAACCAGAAGACAACAAUGCAACAAAAGCUGAUGAUAAGCCAACAAGUCCAAUUCCAACAAUGACUCAUACCAAAAAUGAUACUGCUUUACCGAUAUCGACAACAGUUGCUUUAACAACAAUUGCAGAAACACAUACGACGACAAUGUCAGCAAUACCAGCAGAAUCGGCAACAACGUCAGCGACAACAGUUGCAAUAAAAGCAUUAGAAAAUGAAGAGACAUCGAAUGCUCAGAGACAAAAACGUCAAGCAACGAUUCCAGCAUUCCCAACAAAUGCUUUACCUGGAAAUGGACCUCCAUCGAAUUUAGGUGCACCUCCAUCUGGUAGCAUACCUUUACCAUCUGGGAGCAGUCUUCCUCAACCAAACAUCGCCACAGCAGGUGCAAUGAACAAUAGCAUCUCUCCAAGUUUAGCUGCAAGUCCAAAAUCUAUCUCAGCUGCAGCUGCAUCUCUUCAGCCUGUCAAAUUUCCUCCAGCUGGAAAAUAAUUUUUAUUCUUUUGUAUUUUAAAAGUAGAUUUUAAGCUGAAAUUUGCAAAUUUUCUAAGCUUCUUAAAAUUGGACAUGUCAGUGCUGGUCACUAGCUUCAAUAAUUUUGAAACUAGUUUUGCUAGAGAAUUAGAUGAAAAAAUCAUUUUCGUAUACAAUUGUCAAUUAAAAUGUAAUUUUUGGUGUAAAAUUGAAGCAGAAAUUUGACAAGGUUGAAUAAAUUAUUUUGUAGCAACA